GAGAUGGAAACAGAGACAGAAGAUUGGGGUGGGGAAGAGGAGGAAUUAUUCAUCAACUCAGCACUACAUACUGGUUUUUACCGUCAUCAGCAACCUGGUUUUGGUUCAGAAAGCCUGUCUCUUUAAAACUAACAAGGAUGAAAGCAAUUCAGUUGAUUACCCUGGCACUACUCGCAGACAGCCUUGGGGGCACAAUCACAACCAACUCUCUGCCAACAAUGGGUUCAGAAGAAACAAACUCAGGCACACCAACUUCAUUUCAUAACUCAAGUAAUUCUAUGCAGCCCUGGUUAAACACAACGACGCCAACCAUAACAAAUGCACCUUCAAGCGAUCUCCCUAGCGGCACUUCUUUCUUAACCAAUACACCUUCUACCACUUCACAGUUCACAUCAGAAGUUUCAAGUGAAGUACAAUCAAUUCAGAGUGCCACCUCUCAAUCAACUUCACACUUGACGACAAAACAUGAGAGCACCAAGUCAACCUUGAUGACAACAAUCACCAGCAAGUCAACCACGAAACAGCUAAAUAAUGGAACUGCAGCACGAAUUAUCGCUUACGUCAUUGGUGGCGCAUUGCUGCUAAUGUUGAUCAUAAUAUGUAUCCUUUUGUUGCGGAAAAGAUGUGCAAAAAGGCCUUCAGAGGACCAGACAUGGGCAGGAACCUGUCCAAGUCCCACUGAAAUGGAUCUACAUGCAUUUGAGGUUAACGAUAACAAUGUUGCUCCAACAAAACGCCCCUCACUCACCACCUUUUUGUCUAAAAAAUCAAAACGCGAAUCCUUACUUGAUCAAAGCAUGCAAGAGUCUGAAGGAGUUGUCAAUACUUCUUCACCUGAGACUGAAGAAAAGCUCAUUGAGCCUGAAGUCAAGGUAGAAAAUGAAACUGCAAAAGAAAUUCAACCAAGUGAAACACAUAACCAAGAUUUUAAACCACCAAAUCCUCCCGAAGCACAAACUUCAGUGAAUGAUCAUGAACCAGCUGCUUCAUCACCUGCAACACAUACAGAUGGUCCUGCCCCAGCUCAGGAGGCUCCCGAGUUAGAUCCAAGUAUCUCCCUUCCCCCUCCUCCAGAUGAUUUUCUGGAUUUUGUAAACAAUUCUGAUAAUCCACCACCAUUGUUGGAGCUACAAGUCUAAAGUACAAGGUAUUAGUUUUAUCUUCCACAACUGCAAAGCAAUUAUACAUAUACACGGCAUGGUGACUCAGUGGUUAGCACUGCUGCCUCCCAGCACCAGGGUCCCAGGUUUGAUUCCAGCCUCAGGUGACUUGUCUGUGUGGAGUUUGCACAUUCUCCCCGUGUCUGCGCGGGUUUCCUCUGGGUACUCCAGUUUCCUCCCAUAGUCCAAAAAUGUGCAGAUUAGGUGAAUUGGCCAUGCUAAAUUGCCCGUAGUGUUAAGCGGAGGGGUAAAUGUAGAGGAAUGGGUUUGGGUGGGUUGCGCUUCGGCGGGUUGGUGUGGACUUGUUGGGCCGAAGGGCCUGUUUCCACACUGUAAGCAAUCUAAAAUCAUUGUAAUCUGCAUUGGCUAAAGUUUGCCUAAGAUGCCUCCUGCAACAACUGUGCUUCAGCAUUGCCAAACCAUAUCUUAAAAAUCCGAUAGGCUAACAUCACUCAUCAUACCUAAAAAGUGCAAUGUACAGCACCUUUCUAAAGUUGGAAGUGGAAUCAAGAUUUGAAACUAGAUGCAGACAAAAAUCCCCUAUAGACUGCAAUUCCAUGAAUGCACUUCUGCAUUUUUUUUAAUGAAAAGGGCAGCAAUACAUAUAUUUUCUUAAUUAGUUUCACACCCACCAUUGCACUGACUCUAGGUAACUGGUGAAUUACCUCAAAAGCCUUUUCAUCUACCAACAUCUUUCACAGCAGCCACUUUAUGUACAGUUCACAAAGUGGUCAACCACAAUAAUGCAACAAAUACUGCUUUAGACGGCAAUGAUUUUUUUUUCCCAUAUACAAGAUAAAUGGAAAAGCAGCUAGCUUUUAACAGAAUUCUUCCUCAGUUGACAUUCAAAAUGAAAAAAAUGUAUAGAAAUUAACUAGCUUCUUGUCUAUGGACUGAUUUUACUCAAAAUAUGUUACUCAAGUAUAUUUUAUUGAAAUUCUAUUAAAAAAACUCUCCAGCAGACAAGCCUGCAAUCUAAAAACAGUGAACUAUGCUUUGCGAUUGUAUUCUGCAAUACUGCAGAUUGUUUUAGUUUUGUGCUUAUGCUGGUCUUGGUGAUUUCUUCCUUCAAGUUUCUAUCCUACUCAACUCCCCUGAAAGUUAUAUUUUAAUCCUUCUAUUCCUUAAGUGUGAAUUUAAUUUAAAUGAUUACAUAUAGUAAAACUGAAUUGUAUUUCACUUCUGUAAUUCAGCACAUUACAGGGGGAAGAUGGCAAAAGGCAUUUUUCUUACACAUCAAGAGACUCACUCCUUUCCUUGAUGCAUUACUUUUCCAGUCCUUCCUUGUACUUAGUUCUGUCCAUGAGUGUAUCAUUUUUGGAAUGAAUCAUGCCUUUGGCAUACACUUAUUGCACCAUACUCCAAUGUGGUACGAAAAGGAAAAAGAAAUUGAUGUUUUUGUAUGUUAAUAGCCACAGAAAAAGCAUCAGCAAGAAAUGUAUGCAUGUUUCAAUCUGCAAUCCAGAUGACAUGAAUUCAAUUACUCAAGACAUCCACCUGCGGACACCACUUCUAAAUCCAAUGUGGACAGAUAGAAUCAUUGCUUAUUAACAAUAAGAAGUGGGUUACACCAGUUUCAAAAAAGCUUUUUGAGAAUAACCAGAUUCAGCAUCAUUUUAGAGGUUCACAAUGAGUGAACUGAAUUAAUACAGAAAUUCCACACUGCUCAAGUUACUUCAACUCCCAUUUCUGGUAGCUCACAGUACAUUGUCCUUAACUUCGAACUAUACCUUCUCUGGAAUACAGCAACACGAACAGAUAUUUUUAAGAAAAUGAAAUACAAUUUUCUUUGGACAAAGUGCGUGAAACAGAUGUAGAUGGCAUAUUAGUUACUUUGCAAGUCUUAAAAAAAUGUAUUAUCAGUAAGAUGAAGUGAAAACUGUAGUGAAUUUGCAUCAUUCUCAGCAGGGAAAUUCUGUUUAUUUGGAUUUUAUGCAUAACUUUAAAGCAAGAAACUGCAGGUCACAGGAAACAGGGAGGAGGAAAGCAUCUCAGAAGAUGGUUACACAAGAACCAUUUAUUUACAGCAGUUGCUAUCGCAAAUAAUUUUAAGAAAACUAACCCAGAUGUACACACAUUUUAAUCUUCCAAGUCUUAUCUGAUAUGUUGCAAUUAAAUAAAAAGAAAAUGAAACGGUCAA